UACCCCCCACCGCUAUACCACCGCUAUCUACAGCUGCGUGGCUUCCGGGGGUGGGACAAUCGUCUUAAGGCUUUCCAUGACGUGGGUCCUCUGCCAGAACUAAGGCUGUGGGUAAGGCGACAUUUCCUGCCCCUGGGGCCAGGGUGAAAGGAGAGAUGAAGAGUUGCUGAGUGUGCACACCUUUCCAGAGCACAUACACACACCCUGCUCUGGGAUCCCUUGUCAGGCUGCCCCCAUGGAGUUCCCCCUGGCCCAGAUAUGUCCCCAAGCCCUCUUUGUGCUCACAGGGAGUCACGAAGCCCCCAUCCCAACCUUCAGCACCUUCCAGAUCACGGACAUGACCCACAGGAGCUGCCGGAACCUGGGCUACACUGCGGCAUCUCCCCAGGCCCUGGAGGCUGCCUCCAUCCCAGGGAACGCUGAGAGGGCAGAGGAGGUGCCUGGAGAAGGAAGCCUGUCCCUGCAGGCCAAGACCCGGGCUUGGUUCCAGAAGACCCAGGCCCACUGGCUCCUGCAGCAUGGGGCAGCCCCUGCCUGGUUCCAUGGCUUCAUCACCCGGAGGGAGGCAGAGAGGCUGCUGGAGCCCAAGCCUCAGGGAUGCUACUUGGUGCGGUUCAGCGAGAGCGCGGUGACCUUCGUGCUGACUUACAGGAGCCGGACUUGCUGCCGCCACUUCCUGCUGGCCCAGCUCGGGGACGGGCGCCACGUGGUGCUGGGCGAGGACAGCGCCCACGAACGGCUGCAGGACCUGCUGCGGCACUACACGGCGCACCCGCUCAGCCCCUACGGGGAGACGCUCACCGAGCCGCUCGCCCGCCAGCAGACUCCUGAGCCUGCAGGACUUCCCCUGAGGACCGAAGAAUCAAACUCUGGAAGCAAAAGCCAGGACCCAAACCCCGAGUACAGCCCAAUCAUCAAGCAGGGGCAAGCCACAGUCCCAGUGCAGAAAGAAGUGGCCGGGGAGAAGGAGCCCUCCCAGACACUCAGGCCCAAGCCUCCCAUCCCUGCCAAACCUCAGCUGCCCCCAGAAGUUUACACGAGCCCUGUUUCACGACGCCUCCCGGCCCCACCCCCCAAGCCCUCCAAUCCUAUCUACAACGAGCCUGAUGAGCCCAUAGCCUUCUACGCCAUGGGCCGGGGCAGCCCCGGGGAAGCCCCCAGCAACAUCUAUGUGGAGGUGGAAGAUGAGGGCCCACCUGCCACCCUUGGGCACCCUGUCCUACGGAAGAGCCGGUCCAGGCCUGUCCCAGGAGGCCAGGUCUCCACCACAUACCUCAAAUGCCCCAAUGGCCUUAGCCUCCCCUCUCUGUCACCAGGACUGCCAAACACUAAUUCUUCCCAAUGUUUUCCAGCAACAGUACACUCAAGAGUCUAUUUCUGGUCAACAGCUCCUCCACCUGACAUCCAAGGCUCUCUUGCAGGAGUUUCCUCAACGCUACUUUCCUGCAGGAAACCACAGCAGCUAAGCCCUACUGGAAUCCUGAUACCCUUAGCCGUAUUUUUCAGUGGUGGUUUGCAGUAUGAGUUGCACAUUGUUUUUGGAAUUAUGCCAUCUGUCUUGUCACUUCUGAGCAUCACAGUGCAUUACAGAUAAUUGGAGUCUAUAGACCCUGUACCUCCUUUCUUCAACAAAGGCUAGGGCUCUGGACGUCUCCAAGGGUAUCUCUGGCACCCAAGUUCAAUGUGAAGCUUCCAAACCAAUCCAGACCAAUGGACUACCAGUGUCAAUCUGAAUCAUCUUUAGGGACAGGGAUUUUGCCACUUUACCUCUUGCUGGAUAGGAUUUUUAUGUCUGACAACUAUUUUGUGCUACUGAAAAAACCUCCUGACUUCACCCAGUCUCCAGAGGUGCCUGAGAUAAGCAAUACAUAUUUGGGACCACAGGUCUCUCUGAAAAUCAUCCCACCUCAUAUAAAGUUGUGCAUACCAUUUCUAGGGUUUUCAAUGGCCACAAACACAGCUAGACGGUGGAUACAGAGAAAAAAUAGCAAAGGAAUCAGGCAGCUCAAGAUCAUUUGGAAGGUGCUUUACACAAGGUAAACACAAAUCCAGAGACAGGGCAGGCAAUGUUUGUCAGACUGAAUGUUUUAUUUCAACAGACAUCCCUGGUUUAAAAAAAAAAAAAAAGUGGUGGUGGGGAGGGUUCAACAUUUCAUCACACCUGACAGGGAGCAAAACUCCCAUCCCAGAACUCAGAGCCCCUUCAGAGGCAUCACACAAGUCUUUGCUAGCUCCAGGACAGACAGGAGCUGAAUUUUCUAACUUGUU